AUGACAAACGAUACUAUGGGUACUUGUCCUCUAGGAGGUCUUACGAGCUUCCUUCCAACGGCAACUUUUCCACUCCCUACAAUUUCUACGACGAUCCCGCCUGGAGCAUCUACAAAUGAUCAACUUCUAUCAUCAGCAUAUCCAAAAUCGUCAAGGACUACACGUUGGAACAGUACAAGGUACUCGACCCAGUCAUCUUUGAACUAUUCAAACUCUGGAGAUGAGCCUACAGCGUCCUCAACUCUCUAUUUGACCACAUCCGAUAUCCCAAUUUCCACCGGAAUUGCGCCAUCAAGUACAAUAUUGACCAACUGCAAUGCUGCCAACGGUAAAGGCACAUUUAUGUCAGCUGUUCCCCGUAUUGUGACUGUAACAUCGAUAUCGACAUUCACAGCUGUCCGAAUAUCGGUGUAUACAUUACCUUAUAUCUCAUCAGACACUACUUACCUCUCUGACUCACUACCUUUAUUCACAAUCACAUCAACCUCCGUUCCAACAUCUCCUGAUCCCUCUUCCAUAACCUCUCCUCUCUACGCAGCCAGCUCCACAUCCCUAUCUCCAACAACUAGCACUGCCCUCCCUUCCGGCACUACAACCGAUACGAGACUCAUCGCCUGGGGCGCUAGUGGCGGGAUCGCCUUUAUCUUGGUCUUCGCGCUCGUAUCUUGGCUUCUACAUCGUCGUCGAAAACGAGCCAACAAGAACAACAGCAAACCAAUUACAACUUCCUUAUCUACUCGACUACCAUGGAAAAAGACAUCUAAAGAAAUUCCCCGCAUUUCUCUCUCCAGCUAUCCUUUCAAAGGAAUGGCGCCGUCUAUAUCGAACACCAGCGAAGAAGGAGCAAAUGAGACCUGGUCUGCCAGCUUGAGAGACUAUCGGAAUCUGGGCCUUAUGAGUAUAUCGAAAUUAGGUUUGAAUAAUGAUUCAGAGCCUAGUCAUCAAAAGCCAACGCAUCUCUCUGGAUAUGAAUCGCAUUAUUCACGACCAUUCCAAUCUCAGGCUUUACCUAGCAAUGAAAUCUCAACAUCUCUUGGAGGAGGAUUGGAUAGGAAAUCUUUUGCUCAGAGAAUGGUGCAGAGGGGUUGGGAUGCAGUCGACCUGCAAAGUGGUUAUGUAGCGCGAGAUGAUGGAAAUGGAUGGCAUGGCGAGCACGAUAGGAGGCGCUGAUGUGGAGUUGUGAAGGAAAUCAUUUGUUUCGGUGGUGAAAGCAUUCUUUUAAUGCGGGUGGUCGUAUUUUACAUAUUCGUAUUAGAAAUCUAAGUAUUUA